AUGUCGAACCCUACACGCGCACCUAGCGCCAUGCAAGCUCGUCUGUCAACCGUGCCAACUUCAGCAUCCAAGUCAAGACAACUUUCGCACCUUCACGCCCAGCUCGCUCAGUUGACCGCUAACAUGUCUGACUUGGAAAACCUACUGCGCAUGACAGCCGUGCAAGCGGAAGGUAUAAGAGGUCUCGGAGGAUAUGCUGGGGCUAUGUUUAUGGCGGCUUCGAAAGUGCUCGGCGAGGAGACUGUCAACGGCACAAGUGCGGAAUCUUCAAACCAGACCAGUACGAAGACUGUCGACAGGUGA